UCUCCAAUGCCAAACCCUGAGCCUUCUCCAACGCCAAAGCCUGAGCCAAAGCCUGAGCCUUCUCCAACGCCAAACCCUGAGCCUUCUCCAACGCCAAACCCUGAGCCAAAGCCUGAGCCUUCUCCAACGCCAAACCCUGAGCCUUCUCCAACGCCAAACCCUGAGCCAAAGCCUGAGCCUUCUCCAACGCCAAACCCUGAGCCUACUCCAACGCCAAAGCCUGAGCCUUCUCCAACGCCAAACCCUGAGCCAAAGCCUGAGCCUUCUCCAACGCCAAACCCUGAGCCUUCUCCAACGCCAAGCCCUGAGCCAAAGCCUGAGCCUUCUCCAACGCCAAACCCUGAGCCUACUCCAACGCCAAAGCCUGAGCCUUCUCCAACGCCAAACCCUGAGCCAAAGCCUGAGCCUUCUCCAACAUCAAACCCUGAGCCUUCUCCAACGCCAAACCCUGAGCGAAAGCCUGAGCCUUCUCCAACGCCAAACCCUGAGCCUUCUCCAACGCCAAACCCUGACCCAAAGCCUGAGCCUUCUCCAACGCCAAACCCUGAGCCUUCUCCAACGCCAAACCCUGAGCCAAACCCUGAGCCUUCUCCAACGCCAAACCCUGAGCCUUCUCCAACGCCAAGCCCUGAGCCAAAGCCUGAGCCUUCUCCAACGCCAAACCCUGAGCCUACUCCAACGCCAAAGCCUGAGCCUUCUCCAACGCCAAACCCUGAGCCAAAGCCAAACCCUAAGCCAAAGCCUGAGCCUUCUCCAACGCCAAACCCUGAGCCAAAGCCUGAGCCUUCUCCAACGCCAAAGCCAAAGCCAAAGCCU